UGACGGUGUAAUUCUCGGUUAUCUUCAAUUGUGUUGUGGUCGAAAGUGAUUGCAAUUUGUUCGUGAAUUAGUGACGGUUAAUAUGACCUUCUACAUCAUCACAGUGAUUAUACCGCUGAAAACGAAAGUGAAAGAGUUGUUUCCGAACAAGUAAACAAAACACGUUGAGCCGCGGCGGGCGGAGCGGUACGAUCGUCGCGCGGUUGUGAUGGAGGGUGCUGCUGCACCGCCGCAAAAGUGAUGACGAAAACGAUUAGUGUUAAAUAAUGUUGUCGGGAGGCCCCCCAAGGCCGAUGCAUGUAAGAAGAAAGUGAAAUGAAGAGAUUAUGAGCAAUAAUAGAAACAUUAUAUUUGAAAGAAAAAAAACACAAAACAUAAAACGAGCAAUAAAACAGGCGAGCAACUUUGCGCCACUAGAAAGGAAGUUUUUUUUUGCCGGUGCUGCUGGAGAAGUUCAAAACGGUUGCCGAGCAGUUUAAAAGUGAAUUAAUUGCAAAUAAACAAGUCGCGACAAGGAAGAGCAAAAUAAAAAAAAGAAACAAAAGAGGCAAUAAUGCAGCCUAAUUCAACUGUGAUAGUGACCGCUGUAGCUGUUCUGCUUACGGUAAUGGUUAGGAAGUGCAAUGGGGCAGCGUGGCACAAUCAGAGUGACCCAGAUUCCCGAAGUGGACGAUUUUUGUUCGAUGCACUUUUUGGCCUUGACGGAGCUGCGUUUUCACUGGAUGACGACGGGCCCGAUUUGACGAAUCAGGUCAAGAGCUGCGAUUGUGAAUGCGGAACGGCUAAUCAAGAGACACGCAUCGUCGGUGGACGACCAACCGGUGUUAAUCAGUACCCUUGGCUGGCCCGACUGGUAUACGAUGGCCAGUUCCAUUGCGGAGCAUCCCUGGUAACGAAGGAUUAUGUCCUUACGGCUGCCCACUGUGUUCGGAGAUUAAAACGACAGAAAAUUCGAGUCAUUCUCGGAGACCACGAUCAGUUCAUAACGUCGGAAACGCAAGCAAUCCAGCGGGCUGUGACGGCCAUCAUCCGACAUCGUAGUUUCGAUCAGAACUCGUACAACCACGAUAUUGCACUGCUCAAGUUGCGCAAGCCGGUAGAGUUUAGCAAAACUAUCAAACCGGUGUGUCUUCCAAAGGAUCGAACUGAUUUCGCCGGCAAAACGGGCACCGUGGUCGGCUGGGGAAGGACCUCCGAGGGAGGCACGCUGCCGGGCAUUGUACAGCAUGUGGAUGUGCCAAUUCUCACGCUGGAACAGUGUCGGAGUAUGAAGUAUCGGGCUUCCCGAAUUACUUCGAAUAUGCUGUGUGCCGGAAAGGGUAAACAGGACUCAUGUCAGGGUGACUCCGGAGGACCACUACUGGUGCGGCACGGCGACAAACAUGAAAUCGUCGGCAUCGUUUCCUGGGGCGUAGGAUGCGGACGGGCCGGAUAUCCGGGAGUAUAUACCAGGAUUGUGCGAUACUUGCCUUGGAUACGGGCAAAUAUGGAUGAGACAUGUUUGUGUAACAAGUAGAUUAGCGAAUGCGAGUUUUCGUUUCGGAAACUGGACGAAUGAA